UCUUUUUCCUUUUCCUUCUCUUUUUCCUUUUCUUUCUCCUUUUCCUUUUCCUUCUCUUUCUCUUUCUCCUUCUGCUUCUCUUUUUCCUGCUGCUUCUCCUUCCCUUUAUCCUCAUCAGCAAUUUCCACUUGUCCUCCCUCGUCCUCUUCCUCCUCUUCUUCCUCCUCCUCCUUCUCGAGAUUCAUUGACUCCACCUUUUUAGCUUCAUCUUCAUCCUCCUCUUUUUCCUUCUCCUUCGACUCAACUUCGACGACAUCUUCCUCUACUUUCAGCUGCUUCCUCGGACGUCCACGACGACGAGAUGGAGACGGUUCCACACCUGUUAUGCCAAGAAUAAAUCAAAAACGAAAAAAAUUGUUUACAAGGUAG